UAUGCGUACAGGGCUAAGGCAUUGUAUGACUAUGACGCAGAUCCGAAUGACAAUAGUGAGCUUUCAUUCUCUAAAGGAGAAAUCCUUGAAAUUGCUGAUCAUAAUGGUAGGUGGUGGCAAGCAAAAAAUGUCGAUGGAGAAACUGGAAUAGCACCAAGCAAUUAUGUAAGUUUAUAA